AUGCCGCGGGUUUACAAGAGGAAGCAUCCCGACAGAGCCCAAACAUCGAACAAUUUGAUCCUGGAUGCUGUGCGAUUGGUGUGCGAUGAAAAGAAAAGUAUAAGAGACGUAGCAGAAGCUUUUGAAAUAUCAAAAUCAUCACUUGGCCGAGCAGUGAAGAAGUACAGAGAAUGCGGUGACACAGGUGGCAUCAUGUUCCAGUCCAAUUUGGUCUGCGGAAUGGUCUUCACAACAGAAGAUGAAGUACUCUUGAAAGAAUAUUUGCUGAAAGCAAGCAAAAUGCAUUAUGGGCUUACGAGAAUGCAAGUUCGUUCACUGGCGUACGAGUUUGCAACAGCCUUAAAGAGGAAGUGCCCGGCGUCAUGGGAACAGAAGAAGGUAGCUGGAAGAGACUGGUUUAUGGGCUUUAUGGACCGCCAUCCCGAGCUAUCGCUUCGAUCGCCAGAAGCGACCAGUCUGGGUCGGGCAACAAGCUUCAAUAAGAACAACGUCGAUGCUUACCUUUCAAACCUGAAAAGUGUCUACGACCGAUACAAGCUAACUCCGGACAGCAUCUACAAUUGUGAUGAAACGGGCUUCACAACUGCACACAACCCACCAAAGGUAGUAGCAGCACGUGGAGAAAAGCAAAUCGGUCAGGUUACAUCCGCAGAACGCGGCGAACUGGUGACUGUUUUGUGCACUGUCAAUGCCAUCGGAAACGCCCUGCCACCAGUGUUCAUUUUCCCACGCGUGAGGUUUAAAGAUUUUUUUCUGAAAGGCGCCCCGGCAGGAAGCCUCGGUUUGGCAAGCAAGUCGGGCUGGAUGUCGAGCGAACUGUUUUUGCUGGCGUUAGAGCACACUGUGAGACAUACGAAGUGCUCGAAGGAGGAGCCAAUUCUCUUGAUACUCGACAAUCAUGAAAGCCAUGUGAGCAUCAACACCAUCAACAAGGCCAAAGAGAGCGGAGUCAUCCUGCUGACCUUUCCCCCACACUGUAGCCACCGCCUGCAGCCACUUGAUGUGUCCGUGUACGGACCAUUUAAAUUUCGGUACAACGCUGCUUGCAAUGAUUGA